UUCCAGACAGGCACAAGUUACUUUCGUUUUCAACUCGCGAAGUGAAAGGGGAAACAACGAACAGCUCCUGAGGAAAAUCCUAGGCCUUGUUAUUUAUUUAUUUUUAUUUUUAAACCAGGGCUACUUUUUAAAGCUUUAAACCUGUUGUGUUCAGGUGUUUGGUAGCGAGACCGCUGGUACUGUUGUAGUUUCUCGGCUUCGCCUCAUAUCGAGUUUCUCGCGCUUUCUGUUCUGCUUGGAGUCGGGGCGCGCGCUGUUUCUGUGUGUGUGAGUGUGUGAGUGUAUGUGUGUGUGUCCCCAUAGUCGGAGUUGAGCUGAUUUAAGGCUAAAGCAAGCAUCAUAAUGUUGGAGGAAUCUUCAUCGCAACCAGGCUGGCUAAGUGAAGAAGUCAAAACCGGGACUACAAUCAUAGCGAUUGCGUUUGCAGGCGGAGUUGUUCUCGGCUCCGACUCACGUGUGUCUGCUGGGGAGUCAGUGGUGAAUCGAGUUAUGAACAAACUCUCUCAACUACAUGACAAGAUCUACUGUGCUCUGUCCGGGUCAGCUGCUGAUGCCCAGACCAUCGCUGAGAUAGUCAACUACCAACUGGAUGUGCACAGUAUUGAGGUGGAAGAAGACCCUCUGGUUCGCUCAGCUGCCACGUUAGUGAAGAACAUUUCCUACAAGUACAAAGAGGAGCUAUCUGCACAUCUGAUUGUUGCAGGUUGGGACAAGAGAGGUGGGGGACAGGUGUAUGUGACGUUGGAUGGCUUACUGUCUCAGCAGCCAUUUGCUAUUGGUGGCUCUGGUAGUUCAUACAUCUAUGGGUUUGUUGAUGCAGAAUACCGGAAAGGCAUGACACGAAAAGAAUGCCAGAAGUUUGUUGUAGAAGCACUGACCCUUGCUAUGGGCAGAGAUGGUUCUAGUGGAGGUGUGGCUUACCUUGUUACCAUUGAUGAAAAGGGAGCAGAGGAGAAGUGUAUCCUGGGAAAUGAACUACCUACAUUUUUUGAUGAGUAAAAAAAAAGAGUGUAUAGGCAAAACAGUGUUGCUGGGUUUGUUAAACACUGCUUUUUUCUCUUUAUUAGGCACACCUAUCAUGUCAGUUAACCCUAUUACAAUCUUUCCACAGAUAAUUUUGUACUAAUCUUCCUUGAGCCCUUUACAUUCAGUCACUUUCAUGUCCAGAUGAGCGCUAUUAAAUGGAGAUUAUUGGCUGUAGACUUAACCCAGCAGUAAUAUUGAGGUGUUUAAAAAGCCCAGCAAUGCUGUUGGACAUGGUCCACUUGUGGCAGCGCCACACACUACCAUGUCAGUGUCACUGCUACGCUGAAAUUGGUCCAUCAAUAAAAUAUCUGGUCAGUCAGUAGCUGUAUAUCUAUAAAAUUCAGCUAUGUGGUACUUUGACCUAAUACACUGGCAGUGUUUUCAUGUUGACCUUAAGAUUCAUUAGUUUAAUUUAAAAGUGUCACAAAUAAAUACAGUUCCACAACCA